GGAUUAUGUAGACUACAAAGAAAAAACAUGUUGAAAUUUUUGGUUCUUCUUUCGGUAGCCGCUUGUGCCCUGGCUGGUACCGUACCCGAGGGUCUGAUUCCUCAGUUGGAUGGACGCAUUGUUGGCGGAUACGAGACGAGCAUUGAUGAUCAUCCUUACCAGGUGUCCUUGCAGCGCAGUGGAUCUCACUUCUGUGGGGGUUCGAUCUACUCGCACGACAUUGUGAUCACCGCUGCCCACUGUCUGCAGUCAAUCUCCGCUGAGCAACUGAAGGUGCGUGUGGGAACAACUUACUGGCGUUCAGGUGGCAGCGUGCACUCGGUGCGUGCCUUCAGAAACCAUGAGGGUUACAAUUCCAGAACCAUGAUCAACGACAUUGCCAUCAUUCGCAUUGAAUCUUCCUUGAGCUUCCGUUCUACCAUCAGGGCUAUUAGCAUCGCUGAUUCUAAUCCUCGCAACGGCGCUGAGGCUGUCGUCUCCGGCUGGGGCACUACUGCUUCUGGUAGCAGCGAUAUUCCCGACCAUUUGCUGGCUGUCAACUUGAGAAUCGUCGAUCGUGAGGAAUGCGCUUCUCGGGACUUCAGCUACGGCAGCAAGAUCAAGGAUACCAUGAUCUGCGCCUACGCCGAACAUAAGGAUGCCUGCCAGGGUGAUUCUGGUGGCCCAUUGGUCUCUGGCAACCGUCUUGUAGGUGUUGUGUCCUGGGGCUAUGGCUGCGCUGACACCAGAUACCCAGGUGUCUACGCUGACGUUGCCCAUUUCCACUCAUGGAUCGAGGAUACCGCACGUGAUAUCUGUUGGUUUCCUAUAAAAACACGCAAUUUACAAUGUACACCUAUUCACUUUCCGGCUAAGUUCGUAAUGUUCAAGUUCGUGAUCUUGUUGUCAGUGGUUGCUUGCGCCUUUGGCGCUGCUGUCCCUGAGGGUCUCCUGCCUCAGGUGGAUGGACGCAUCGUUGGAGGUACUGCCACCACCAUCGGAAGCUUCCCCUGGCAAAUCUCACUCCAGCGUAGUGGCAGCCACUCCUGCGGUGGUUCCAUCUUCUCGGCCAACAUUAUCGUGACUGCUGCCCACUGCCUGCAAUCCGUCUCUGCCUCCACCCUUCAGGUUCGUGCCGGCUCCAGCUACUGGAGCUCUGGUGGUGUUGUCAGCAAGGUUGCCGCUUUCAGAAAUCACGAGGGAUACAACUCGAACACCAUGGUGAACGACAUCGCCAUCAUUCGUUUGAGUUCUUCCCUGUCCUUUAGUUCAAACAUUAAGGCUAUAAGUCUGGCGACUUAUGCUCCUGUGAACGGUGCGGCUGCUGCCGUCUCUGGCUGGGGAACUCUGUCCUCUGGCUCCAGCUCCAUCCCAGCCCAGCUGCAGUUUGUCAACGUAAACAUCGUCAGUCAAUCCGUUUGUGGAUCUUCUGCCUACAAGUACGGUAGCUCAAUCCGCUCAACCAUGAUCUGCGCUGCUGCCAGCGGCAAGGAUGCCUGCCAGGGUGAUUCCGGUGGUCCAUUGGUAUCUGGUGGCAAUCUCGUUGGUGUUGUCUCCUGGGGUAUUGGCUGCGCCUACUCAAAUUAUCCAGGUGUCUAUGCCGAUGUUGCUGUUCUCCGUUCAUGGGUUAUCAGUGCAGCCAAUUCAAUCUAAUUUGAUCUAAUGAAAUUAUUAUAAUAUUAAAAUAAAACGAUUAUCAUGCAAA